UGUGUGACCAUGUGUGUCUGAGAGCAUGCAGUCUGAGUGCACCUGUGUGGAUAUUUAGGCAGUGUGAAUGUGAAACACAAAAUGUUUGCUUUCAACUUGACCUUGUGAUCGUAAGGAAUCCUAAAACACCCUCCCAGUGGUUGGACAUAAAAGACACAACACCAAGCAGCCGAGAAAAGCAUCUCACCUCCCGCAAGAACAUUACCAGAAUUCCUGCGCUCAUCCUCUGCCCAGUGGUACUCUCUCUCUUUUCCUUUCUCCAGCACUGUGGACUGACUUGGGCUUGGUUCUGAUGGAGCAGAAAGUAGUUCUCAUCACCGGCUGCUCGUCAGGAAUCGGACUCAGUCUAGCCAUCCAUCUCGCAUCAGAUCCAUCUAAAACAUACAAAGUGUAUGCCACCAUGCGUAAUCUGGAUAAGAAGCAGCGCUUGCUGGAGAGUGUCAGAGAUCUGCACAACGACACCAUGGCCAUUCUGCAGAUGGACAUCACAGACCAGCAGUCCAUAGGGACAGUCCAGAGAAGCAUCACAGAGGGCCGAGUGGACAUACUGGUGUGUAAUGCAGGUGUGGGGCUGAUGGGCCCCCUGGAAGCACAAUCAGAAGACAAUAUGAGAGGAAUCUUAGAGGUGAAUCUGCUGGGUACAAUACGGACCAUCCAGACCUUCCUACCCAACAUGAAGAGAAGGAGACAAGGACGAAUCCUGGUCACAGGCAGCAUGGGAGGGCUACAAGGUCUUCCCUUUAAUGAGGUGUACUGUGCCAGCAAAUUUGCAGUAGAAGGUGUCUGUGAGAGCCUGGCCAUCCUGCUACAGCAGUUCAAUAUCCAUGUGAGCCUGAUAGAGUGUGGGCCAGUGAACACAGACUUCCUGAGGAACCUGAAGAAGACAGAGGUGAGUGACGAGUCUGUGGAAGUGGACGCACACACACGCCAUCUAUAUGAGAUGUACCUGCAGCACUGUGAGAAGAUGUUUCAGAACGCAGCACAGGACACUGAGGACAUCAUUCAGGUCUUUAUGGAGGUGAUCCAGGCUCAGUGUCCAGUCUUCAGGUACUACACUAACAGCGCUCUGCUCCCUCUGAGUAGCCUCAAGCUGACAGCGCUCGAUGGCUCACAAUACAUCCGAGCCAUGAGUAAGCUUAUCUUCUCUUCUGCGGAGAAUGCAGACACACAGAAAUAACAACAUGCCUCAGUACUGAGGUGUAAAAUUCCAUUUUAUUCACUGAAGUUACAUAAUUAGGACUAGUUUGUUUCAGUUCUAAUCUCUUGCAUAUGAUUAUUAUACUGCAUAUGCUUAUAUUUUGGCACAUGCUUAUUGACUAGCAUGGUGAAAGAAAAAAUCAUGUUCUAUAUGCAUGCAGAUGUAUAACCAAAAUCUUUUCCUACUGAAAUAAAAAUGUACAAGG